CUCCUUCCCUCCGUCCCUCCACACUUCAUCCAUCCGCUCCUUGUUGUCGCUCCUGCGGGGAUGGAGCUGCCGAGACACCGCUACCGGCGCCGCUGAGCCCGCGACGGAGCACCGCAGCCCGGGCACCGCACCGGGGAGGAGGGCGGAGCAGAGAGUGAACGGAUACCGGAGGAAAAGAGAAAGAAAGAGAAAGAGAAAGAGAAAGAGAGAGAUAGAGAGAAAGAAAGAAAGAAAGGAUGGAAACGGUCGAGCAGCUCGUCUCCUUCCACCACAUUCAGGUCCAGUUGAGCGGGGGCGCGCCGUGGGGGUUCACGCUGAAAGGAGGACUGGAGCACGGGGAGCCGCUCAUCAUCACUAAAAUCGAGGAUGGAGGGAAGGCGGCGCACUGCAAGAAGCUGAAAGUCGGCGACGAGCUCAUCAACAUAAACGGAUCGGCCCUGUACGGCAGCAGGCAGGAGGCGCUCAUCCUCAUCAAGGGGUCGUACAGGAUACUGAAGCUCACCGUCAGGAGGCGCAACGUUCCUCUCCUCAGGCCUCACUCCUGGCACCUGGCGAAGCUGUCGGAGCUGCCCCUCCCUCCCCCUCCCCCGGCUCCUCCACCUCCUCCUCCACCUCCUCCACCUCCUCCUCCGACCUGCCUCCCCCCCGCCGACUCCCCUCCUCUCCCCCCGCCGCCGCCUCCGUCUGCCAUGCAGCUCCACCCCGGCCCCUACACAUUACCCUGGCACGCAACUGACAACAGUGACUUGUCCAUGCAGUGGGGUCAGCUGUCCAGACCUUACUCCUCCACCGACAGAAGCAGUUCCCUGGGCUCCAUGGAGAGCCUGGACACGCCGACGCCCACCGCACAGCCGUACUCCGACUCCCACAACUCCCCCGUGGACCCGACCCUCUUCAACAACAAGAGAGACUCUGCCUACAGCUCCUUCUCUGCCAGCUCGAACACAUCCGACUACGCAGCUGUGCCGCUGAAGCCCGGCGAAACCUGCUCCAUGGAUAACCUCCUCCAGAGCCUGGGGCCAGCGUGUGGAGACUACCCUGCUGGUGAUGCCUCGACCCUGGGGAGGUCGUCCACCGAGGCCCCGGACGAGGCACAGCUGGUUGCACACAAAUCCAGGUCACUCACCAGGCCGAGACGGAGGCCUGUGGAGGUGAGGGCGAGGCCUUCAUCCUGCUGUUAUGAGGUGGAGAGGAGGGGAGGGAACUUUGAGACUGUGAGAAAUGGAGAAGGAGGCGCGGAGGAGAGGAAGACGAGUCCUCCUCAGCCUCCAACCAGGAAGGACAGUUUCAGGGCAACAAGGAGUCACAGUAAUGCUGCCAACAAGCGCUGUGCCUCUGCUCCCAUUGAAGUGUCCAGUCUGACCUCUUACUUUGAGGAAAACCAGUCAUCCCUGAAUGUUGAGUCAGGGAUUCACAACGGCUUCGUCUCGGCCCCAGAAGAAAGUGACAAAACUGGACAUUUCAGAGAGGAAAGCUCAGACUCGCACUACACGCAGAGACAGACUAGAGACGUGACACACACCAGAUGUGACACUAGUGCUAACAAAGACUAUAGUUUAGACGCCACCUCAGAUCACCUUUCUGACCAGGUGACGACCUCCCCGGUCCCCGUCCCCUCGUCUCCUCCUGGCUCCUCACCUGCCCAAUCCUCCACGGAGGUUGAAGAGCAGUCGGACACCAAGCUCUCCCCUACGGGGCUACACCGGCACAGCGCCCCAGAGAAGCUCCUCGCCACACAACUCCAGUUGCUGCAGUUUAACAGUGACGGCUCGUCAUCGGAGCCUUACAGUCCGUCACACCCUCCUGAUCAGCUCCUGUGUAGCAGCCAGUGGUCCCAGUCCUCCCACCAACCUGCAAGGGAGGAGCAGGACGCCGCUCAUGACCCCCUCCAUGCCCCGUCAACCAAAUGGGACGGCAGCCGCUGUUCCACCCCAGGAUCUGUGUUCUUGGAAGGGGAUGGUGAUGUGUCGUGUGACAGACUCGAUGGGAUGUGUGUAAAUGGCGGGCCCCCCUCCUCAGAUCAGCAUCAUCACCCCUGGGGCCGCUCGGUGAGCGUACCAGUGGACCCCAGUGGAACCCAGGGAAAACUGAGCUCUGACCAUAUACUUGAAAGUGACUUUGAGCCUCUCAGUGCUGCUGCCAGUAUGGACACUUUACUGGAGGAGCAGAGAGUGGUGGACAGAGGAAUAGGUGGAGGAAAGAAGGAGGAGAACGUAGAAGGAGAGGCAACGAUGAAGAAGCUAACCCCGUCGAGGAACCAUCGACGGAACCGCCGUCGCAACGAGCGAUUUGCUACCAACCUCCGCAACGAGAUCCAAAGGAAAAAGGCCUCGCUGCAGAGGAGCCGUGGCCCGGGGGGGUUGCUCUGUAGUGGGGAGACUGUCCCGGAGGAGGAGGGUCCCGACCUCCAUGACGAACAGGAAGAGAGGAGCUCCAAAGUUGCAUUUGCUUCACCUGUGAUGCACGAAGACGUCAGGACAACAGCAGCAGCUGAGAAACCAAACACUUCAAAUGAAUCAACCCAUGACGCCUUGACUCAGCCUCCAUCAACAACCUGCACUCAGAGCAACAACACGUCCAGGUCUGUGCAGGUUCUGGACCCAGUCCUGCCCAGUUUUGGUGUCGGCAUUCGAGUUGUGGAAGAACCAGCUCCUGCCGGGAAAGCCCGCCGCUGGCGUUGGACCCCUGAGCAUAAACUCCAACCAGAACCAGAACUAGAGCAGGACCGACGGUGUAGGGUCCCGGAGGAGAGGGUAUUAGGGGUCACAGGAUCACGACAUGGGGUUUGUACCUAUACUUCCUCCUCCUCCUCCUCCACCUCCUCCCACAGCCGCACCUCUUCAUGUUCUCGGAUGGAGGAGACCGAUAUCCUUCCAUUUGCAGAUAGAAUGAAGUUUUUCGAGGAGACGAGCAAGAGCAUAUCUGGGUCGAAUGUUCCAAGUCUGUCGAGUCGUCGGCAGAAGAAACCCACGAACUACCCUGAGCACCAGGGAGGGGAGCUCAGUCUGCACCCAACCCAGAGGAGAUACUCCUACCAGGGGGCACUUCCACAGGAAAGCUCCCUGCUUUCAAACACUAUGGAGAGCAGGAGGCAGUCGGUGAGCACCAGCAGGGAGAGGCAGAGAGAGAAGGAGAUGGACCAGGCGAGGGAGAGGGAGGAGAGGGCAAGGGAACGAGAGAGGGAGGAGAGGGCAAGGGAACGAGAGAGGGAGGAGAGGUUGAGAGAAAGGGAGCGGCAGCAGGAGAAGGAAAGACAAGAGAGGGAGCUGGAAAUGGAGAGAGCGCGGCUGAGGGGGAUGCAGCGGGAGAGGGAUCGAGACGAGAGGAUGAGACAGUGGGAAAGGGAAAGAGAGAGGGAGCUAGAGCUGGAGAGAGAGAAAGAGAUGGAGAGACUCCAGAAAGAAAGAGAGGAAGAGCUCCAGAGAGAAAGAGAGGAAGAGCUCCAGAGAGAAAGAGAGAGGGAGGAAGUUGCUCAGCUCAGCUCGCGUCAGGAGUUUCGUGGCAAAGAAAAUCACCAAGACUUCCAACACAACUUCCAGCUCCAGCCUCGUGCGUUCUCCCAGAGCCAGAAUCCAGCCCCGCGAUCGGCCUUUCAUCCCGUCUGCACCCCCCCACAGUCCUUUGAGAACCAGCAGCCUCUGCAGCAGGGACACACGUCAAGGAGCUACACACCUACAGAGACGCAUCCUGCCCGAAAACAGGACACGACCACGCUCAACAGGAAGUACAGCCUGACCGAGAGGGACUACCCCGGCUGGAGGCGAGAGUCCAGACCCCCGGAGAGCGUCCCUCAGCCCCAGCAGCAGCUCCACCACGGUCGAUAUGGCCCCAGAGACGUGGACAGCAGCAACGGAUGUUCAUUCCCUCCCCCGCCGGCUCCCCUCGGGCUGCGAGGACGAGCCAUGUCCGAGAACGACCUCCGCUUUGACAGCAAUCACCGCUGGUCGCCGUCGAGUUGUGUGGCGACCAGUCAGACGCUGAGCGAGGUGGAGGAAGGAGCGGGGGGAGAAGCAGCGAGCACAGUCAGGCAGAACAGGAAGAAGACGCCGCCUCCGCCGAGACCGCCGCCGCCGAAGUGGGAGCAGUUCCACCGGAGGCGUGCAUCUCACCACAGCCUCUUCUCCUCCACCGCUCCUCACUCCAUCCCUCCCUCCAUCAACACAGCAGAGGGACACUAUGCGUCUCCCUCCUCCUCGUACCUCCCUCCUCCGGAGACGUCCAGGCAGAGGUCCUACAGUCUCCCCCCCGAGAGGAAAGAGGUGACGGAGGUCUGUCCCCGCUGCAGCUGCAACCAAACGCAAACCCAGGAACACACCUUUCCCCACGCCCCGUCCAAUCAGCAUCAGGCUCAGAACCGGUCCUUCACCAUCACUCCGCCCAGUCCCAUGUUCUCCAGACGGGCGUUCAGACCGGUGGCCCCGCCCCAGAGAGAGAGGGAGGGACACCUGCAGAGCUCGUACGGCGAGGAGGUGGAGGAGGAGGAGGAGGAGGAAGAGGAGGAGGAGGAAGUUGUAUCGUCUUUACCUUCACCACCGACGGACACAAGCAGGUCGUCUGAGGUUCACGACCACGAGAGGACGACAGCGAAACAGCAGCACAACGUGAGACCAGGAGCCGAGUGGGAGCGACCCCCUUCUCCCAGAGUUCACAGUGAAUCCGCUCGUCCUCCUGGUGUAGAAAACGGAGUUUCUCCUCCUGAAUCCUACUUUUCCAUCGACUACGAGCGGCAGCAGCAGCUCCGUGUGAACAGAGGCUUCCAGGCUGAGGAGCAGCCGAAGAUCCCAGAGCCAGGAACCGAGUCAGAGACGACCCUCAGCCCGAGUCCUGCGCACAGCCUGGAGGCCGACCUGGACGUCCCCAUGGAAACGGACAUCGAUGACUUCCAGGAGGAGGAGCUUCCAGGAGAGUUGGAACCGAUCACCAGCGAGCUCCCGUGCUUCGCGCUGCCAGUGACGGUCCUGGAGACGGACAUCGACACGUUUCCGGAUUCUGAGGCCUCGCCGUCGGGCAGGACGAGGGCGGAGAGCAGCUCCGUGGAGGAGGAGCUGGAGACCAGUGAGGGCAGCAGAGAGAGGCUGAGCCUGGAGGAGCUGUUCCCCCAAAACAGUGAGGGCGAGUCGGGCACGGAGAGCUGGAGGGGAGCCUACCAGAGCCCGGAGCACAACACCGACAGCUUGGACAGGCGCUCCGGGGCGAGCUCCAGCUGUUCGUCCUAUUACAGCACGUCGGCCGCCAAAGCUCAGCUCCUGUCGCAGAUGAAGGACUUCACCGACCACAGGGACAGAGACGAGGACGACGAGCUGACGUACAAGCAGAAGCAGCUGAUGGAGAGUCUGCGUAAGAAGCUGGGGGUGCUGAGAGAAGCUCAGAGGGGUCUGCAGGACGACAUCAGAGCCAACACUCAGCUGGGAGACGAGGUGGAGAACAUGGUGGUGUCGGUGUGUAAGCCCAACGAGGUGGACAAGUUCCGCAUGUUCAUCGGCGACCUGGACAAGGUGGUGAGUCUGCUGCUGUCGCUGUCCGGGAGGCUGCUGCGGGUGGAGACCACGCUGGACACGCUGGACCCGGAGACGGAGCAAAAUGACCGGUUCCCUCUGCUGGAGAAGAAGCGUCAGCUCAUGCGGCAGCUGUCGGAGGCCCAGGACCUGAAGGACCAUGUGGACCGCAGAGAACAGGCCGUGAGCCGGGUGCUGGCCCGCUGCCUGUCGCCCGACCAGCACAGAGACUACAGUCACUUUGUGAAGAUGAAGGCUGCUCUGCUGGUGGAGCAGAGGCAGCUGGAGGAUAAGAUCCGGCUGGGAGAGGAGCAGCUGAGGGGGCUGAGGGAGAGUCUGGGACUGGGACUGGGACUGGGACUCGGGAUGGGACUGGGAAUGUCGAUGGGAUACGGACAUUACUGAAGAAAGAAGGAUCUGAAGAUGCUUAACUCCGAAUCGGUUUGAAGACGAUGGAGGACAGAGCUCGAGACAGAGUCGAGUUUAAGAUCAAAACAACGUUCAGUUUAAAUGUGUUCAUUUGGUUUAUCGCUGAGAUCUGAGAUGAGAAGAUUGAUCUCAUAUCUCUCUGUUCGAUUUGAAGCUACAGCUAAUUAGCUUAGCAUAAGGCAUGGAAACCAUAUGCUAGCUUGGCCCAGUCCAACCUAAGGACUGGAUUUGAAGAUGGACGAGAGGACGGCUGCCGACAUCGAACAACAGAAACACACCACAGCUCAUCUCUGUGAUCUGAGAUCAGAGGAGGUCGAACCUGGUUUUCCUCCCGUUCGGAGACUGGAACCGUUUCAUCCUGAGGUUCUCUGAGCCUGAAGCACGUACUGUAACACUCCUCCACUCUCAACCGAUCACACUACGUUGCCAAAGACAUUUCCACUUGGUGCUGCUUAUUGUUUCUUUCUUUUCUUGUGUAUUUAAGUCUCAGAGAAACUUGGUGCUUCGUGCUAAGAAACGACAAAACUCUGGAAAAUGUCCGGACUCGCUUUUCCCGAACAUUUUCCAGAUUCAUGUCUGAAAUCGUUAACGACACUAAAGUCCCGAUGGUGACGUCCAGUUUGCAGCUUCAUUAACCGUCACUGGGACGUUAGCUAAACGUAGAAACACGUAAACCGUAUAAUCCGGCAUCGCAUCACUUCGCAUUCUUCGUAACGUCCGCGGCUGUAACUUGUUUCACUUUGUGGAGUUUGAGACUCCACCGACUGUUGUUCUGUACAGAAGACACUUGUGUUUAUAUUGUAUACCGUGUGUAUAUAAUGAUUUGAUUUGUUUUUUAUGACUGGAAUUGUUUGUAAAAGAAAUGAGAAGAUCGGAGAGUAAAGGAAGUUUCCUGUGUUUAGAUCAGAUUGAA